AUGAAGGGAGAAAGCGAAGAUAGUAUGAAUGAAGUGAAUAACAAAAGCAAUGUCACAUCUGAAAUAGAUGUGAUUCUUUGCCGAAAACCCAGUAAUACAGAACUUUAUCGCGUGCAAUAUCCUAUACGUAAAGUUAACCCCUUUGGUUCAAAUUUAAUCAAAGCGCGUUACAAAAAAAAUGUCAAAAUAUUAGAAACUCGGCUACCUGUUGACAAAUCCUCAACUUCCUUCGACAGCAGACGCGCAGAACAUCUUGCAACAAUUGUUGGAGCAGAUGUUGGAACAUCUACAGCUGGAAAUUUGUGCGUAACAGAUGAAGAAGUUUAUGUUGGACGGAGUUUUGAAAAUGAUGCUCCAACUCAUUAUGCUAUUGGCUUUUUCAAAAACCAGUGUUUAUAUCUGUGUCCGUUAAAUGGAACUUUUGAUAUGAAGCGUUCGAUAUCGUAUUUAAAUAGUCGUGGGCAAAAUCAAGGUGGAAAAACGUCAGAUGAUGAUAUUUCUGACUCGGGCGAAGAAAUGGGAUCUUCAAAACCUUCAUCACCGAUUCGGGUUCGUUAUAAGCGUCCGGAAACGGAGCGCCAGAAAAAGCGUCGAGAACAGUCAUCAGCUCACAGAAGUCUUCUAAUUGAACAAGAUCCCUGGAUAUCAUUGAAUAUUAGUUGUGAAACGAAUUUUCAAUCAAUAAAGUUUAGCGAAUCUUCAUCAUAUACGCCUGUAACAGGACCUGAGUGCUCCGUGCUUGAUCCGGAACAACUUGUUGAAGAAGCUAUCAUUCGCGAAAAAAUGGAUGCCUUAGAUCUGAGCAACUGUAACCAGUUAAUAUCAUUGCGACGGAUACGACAUUUACCUGAGGUUCAACAAGUUCGAGCACUGAUCCUAAAAGCACGAUGUAUUUCAACAAAUGAAGCGCAGCGGUAUGUUUCAAAGACUAUCCCAAGACAUUUGCUAAUAUCGCGCAUGCGUGAUUGUGCACACUUGGUGUGUAAUAUUUGGGUGUUGAAGACUGAAUUUAUUUAUUCAGAUGAAGGAACAGUCACGUUUCAAUAUGCACGAGAUCUUGUUCUUUGUUUAUUUAACUCGAAUUUACCUGUUAGAAGGUGUGAUAUAAAACACGCAUUUGGAUUGAGUGAGUUUGAUAUUCAUUGCAUCUUGAAAACAUUAAAUCGGGUAACGAUAGAUGAACAGAAAAGAAGCUGGAAACUGCUCUGUAAUGAUGUUGAAUACUUUGGUAAAAGUAAGGAGGAUUUGAAAGUGUUGAUCGAGGAGAAACGUUAUUGGCAUAAGCGUUGGGAAGAAAUACAUCAGUAUUUAAUGGCAAGGAAAGACGGAUUAGGAAAUUUGAAAAAGAAAAGUGCCGUUAGGCAGAAUAUUUCGACGGGUCGAAUGACAGGUCAAAAACUAAAUGAUAAAGCAUCAAUGGUUGUUAUCGAUUAG